CACCUCAGAGCCUCUGCACUUCCUUUCUCAAGUCUGGGAUGUUUUUGCCACUUGUUUGCAUAGCUCACUCCCUCACUUCUCUUCAGAGAAACCACUGUUAAGCACUCUUAUCUAAAAUAGUCUCCUUUUGCUUUUUUUCCCUCUUCUACGUCAUCCUUGUGUGUACUGCUGGCCACUUCUCGCCAUGUCUUCUCACAAGACUUUCAGGAUCAAGCGAUUCCUUGCCAAGAAACAAAAGCAGAAUCGUCCCAUUCCCCCGUGGGUUCGGAUGAAAACUGGUAAUAAAAUCAGAUACAACUCCAAGAGGCAGAAUUGGAGAAGAAUGAAGCUGGGCCUGUAAGGGAUCGAACAGGAGAUGGCACACGUUUAUGCUGCCUGAAAGUCAGGUGUUUCUAUUCCAUCCCUCCCUACUGCCUGACCAGUAGAUCUGUUUUAUCAGGAAAUUGACUUUUCUCUGUUACGAUGCUUCUGCACCUGUAGGUUGGUUCAGUAAUAAACAUGUGAGACCUUU